AUGAACUCUUAAAUUUAGUCAAAUCCCAGAGAAGAAUCAUUCCUUCAAAUGCUCCAUUAUUCAAUUUGCCCAUUAAUGAAAAGAAACAGUUUCACUUAUUGGAUUAUUAUCAUUGAUCUUCUUCAUUACUUCAUUUCCUUAACAUACCAACAAACCUAGAUGUUUACUCUCCGACCACAUCAAAAAGUCUUGUUUAAUUUUGGUCAAUUGUACCCCAUUUACACAAAGUCAGAAUUCUGGAGAUUGUUAUUGAGUCUAGAACAACACAAAAACGAAACUCACUUGUUCUUCUCGCUGCUCUUUAAAAUGCAUUUUUUUUCAUUCAUUGAACAUAAUAUAGGAUUUAGAAACACAAUCCUGAUUUACUUUAUGAGUGGGAUCUCCUCAACUCUAUUUUAAGCCAUCGUUAGUUAACAAGUUGGAGUCUGUGGUUCCUUCCAUAUUGGGGCAAUCGGCUACGCUUUAUAUUUGCAACAACAAAUGUUAUAAAAGUGUUCUGCACAACAAUAAUUAUAAUUUUAUUUUGAUCUUCAAGGGAGUCAAGAUUACGGUCUCACCCUAAUUAAAGUAGUUAUUGUGUUAUCUAUCAUGUAUAUAACAAGUCUUAAGUUUCAUGGGAUUUUAAUGGUUGGAUCUCUCUUAUUUGGCACCUAAUGUAUGAUAUUGGGAUAAUACUUUUCAUAUGAGCAAAAAAAGCAGCAAUAAUUGCAAUUAACUAAUAGCACUAAAUAAACCCAAUUAACUAAAUACAUUUAUUUAAGUGGAUCUAUUGCUAUCAUCGUUAUAGAAGUGAUUGUAUUUUUUCAAUUAAAAAAUCAUAUCGAAAUUUGA